AGUAACACACCAUACCAAGGUUUGCUCCGUCUAUUAAUAGCGAGGUGACUCGACGUCAUGUGACAGGAGCACAAAAAUGGCUGAUACCCACUUAUUAACAGGCUUAUGCAGUAGACUAUAAGGUUGCAGUAUCAGCAAUGGUCAGAUGUAACAAAGAAAGAUAAGAGGACAAAUGACAGCGCAAUACUAGUCUGAGUGCACGCAGCGAGAAAUUACCUACAUAACAGUCUCCACUCCACUCGUGAUAUACCCUUGUACCCAGACUGAGGAUAGUUUUAUGCAGAACAAGAACCUUUCUCCUUCAAAUGGAUUCGUUUGCCCUGAAGUUCUUCCUCUUCUUGUGUUGCCUGUGUUUUUUGCGAGCUUCAACAAAAGAAAUGGGCAGAUGCGACGCCCCGCCUGUUGAUUAUCUUCAGGAUGCUGUCCUGACCUGUAACUUUCCCGAAGAUCUUAGUGUCAGCAAGAAAGGUUUCUCAGUCUAUCACUACUUUAACCCUGAAAAUCCAGAUGCUGUUUUAGAUUGUUGGUGGCUUGGAGAUGGUCUGGAAUGUCACAUAAAAUCAGGUUUCGAGUACGACAAGAUAGUCAGCCGCACUCUCAAUAUUACAAUCCGUCACGUGACCUCUGCACGUACAGGUACAUACGGGUGUCAAGUGGACGGCUAUGGCACUAGCGACCUGGGACAAUGUCAGCUGAACUUAACACUGGGUGAAAACAACACGUGUAAUGUCUCAAAUGUGCCUAAUGAUUCCCAAAUCACUCUGACCUGUUUCUUUAACGAAAAUGUUCAGACGACCCAAAACAAUUUUUCUGUCUUCAGACACAAUGGCCAAGAGAAACUAGAGAUUUUACAUUGUUGGUGGGUAGAAGGCAAACCAAAGUGUCAGGUUGAUGGUGAUUACCUGUAUGAUUACAAGGUGUCCACGUAUCUCAUCAUCAAGAGUCAAAAGAUUACAAAAGUGAAAAAAUUAACCUACUCAUGCAGGCACGCGGGCUCCACACUACAGCAACAGGCAAAGUGUUCACUUGAAAUCUCUAAGGAAGUUUCGGAAAAAGACAUUUCAACUCAUCUGGCCAUAGGCCUGCCCCUGGCCUUGACUGUAGUGAUAGCAGCAAUUAUUGUCAUCGUAAUUCUACUGAGACGCAACAAUUGCAUCAUUGGACAAAGAAAAACGCGAACAUCUGUGGACGAUGAGCACCACCCUAUGAUAAAAAAAGAAAGCAAUGAAGAAUUAACGACAAGAACGUUCCAAGAAUAUUUAGUGAAAAACAUCGAAGAAAUGUACCCGGAUACCCUUGAUUCCUUUUAUUUUGUGCCUCCAGUUUACUUCAACAAACUUCGAUAUGAAACACAAACAAUAGCUGGUCAAGUCGUGUACGUCCCACAACCUCCUGACCUGAGUGACGUCAGACACGACCGAACCAUGCAGCACGUGCUGCACUGCUUACGUCACAUGGCGGAACACUAUAAGGAGGACAUGUUUGUCUUGUCACAGUUUAAGUAUGAAGAUUAUUUGAACAAGCCAGGCAAUAACUUUGCAAACCAUGGCUUACCUGUUCCUGCUCGGUUUGAAGGCAAGACAAACGUCGACUGUUUUGACAUUCUCAUUAUACAUCGACGUUUCGGGGUGUUGAUUGGGAUCGUCAAGUCUCCCAGCGAUAGAGAUGACGGAAGUGAGGACUAUGAGCGGAAAAUACAUAACAUGUUAGUCAGUGAGGUGUGUGAAGCAGUUACUCAAGUGAAAUACGCAAAGAGCAUGAUGGAACACCUGAUGUCAGAUCAGAAACACAAACCUGCAGUUCAAAUGGGCUUGAUGUUUCCCAACGUUACCUUGUCGUCUCUACAACGAGUUCUCGGCAACCACAGUAAGGUCACUCAGAGUUUGCGCGAGUGUGUGAAUGUGAAGCCCACUGACGACCCCACUCAAUUGUGUCUUUGCGCAAAUCAUCUGUCGAACCCUUGCGCUCCAUGGGACAUCGACACCAGUGUGAUGAGUCAUCUGAGGAAAUGGUGGGACAGGUUAAUGAAUCAAUCUGAUGCUGACCCCAAAAUGACUGAUGAAAUGUAUCUAAACAUGAUAGCGAGGUUUUGUGGACCGGCUACUCAGUCCACCACCCAACUGAUGGACGAGACUGUCCUGCAGCCCAAGACUCUGGCAGACGCCGUGACCCUGACAGGAGACCUGUACGAGCGACUGACUCUGUACCCGAAUAUGAUAGAGAUGCUCAGUGAAGAAAAGUUAUUUCUUGUUGGUCCACCCAACACCGGCAAGACACGAAUGUUGACACUGGCUGGCAAACAAUGGGUAGAAAGUGGUCAUCACCUGUACAUUUUAGUCAGUAUUUUCACAAGAAGGGACUUCAUGUCCUCGUUUUCCAAAACAUCCAACCAUACGCCUGCGACAAAAGAUACAGAUGAGACUUCACGACCCCUUGUCACGUGUGUACGCUGUCAUUUCAAUAUCAAGAAGGAAAUGAAGGAAAUUCUUGACAUGUUAACAACACAGGACAAAAAGAAUAUACCACUGUGUGUGAUAGCAAGUGAAGUUGAUUUCGGGGGGAAAAUACACUAUGUGGACAAAGUGGUAGAGAAGGGGCAGAAAGAGAAUAAAAGAGAAACUGACCAACAGACAAAGAGAAAGAGCUGGAAAAUAAGAAAAUAUUUUAAAACAUUUGUAGAAAGUCUAAGUCGCCAAAAUCCAAAUCUUGUAUUGUGGGCAACAAGUAGCACUAGUCAGGAUGUACCCGAAGGCUGGAAGGUACAGACCUUCACUCGGGCUCUCACCUGUCCGCCUGCAGUGGUCAGAGAAGCUUCACGUGCAGGAGCUGAUUAUUUCAUACCUGAGGCUGAAAUCAAACCACGUGACUGCCUGACUCCUACAGACGGCCCACAAGUCAAAUAUAUUUACCACAAGAUGGACUCCACUGGUUACCACGACUGUUCUCUGUGUGGCAGGAAAGUGGCUGACUUUCUCAACAAGCAUCUUGUUACUAAAAGCAACAAAACAGCUUUUCCGGAUGAUAUCACCGAAGCAACAACCUCGACUUUAACACGAGUACAACAUGAAUCGCGUACCUUGAAGGCAUCUUCUAUUCUUCAAGACAAAGACAUUUUAGUGAUAUUUGAAAACGACAAAAACGAAUACUCAUUCUUGAGGGAACUAACGAAAGUAGGUUUCCAAGUACAGCCUCUAGAGGUUGUGAAUGACAAAGAAGUCGUGAGAGAAGAGGAUUGUGUCUGCUCCAUGCAUGUUGAUCGUUGCCGUAAAUUCAGACAAAGACGUAAAAUCGUUGUGUACGUGGAAGGUCGGUCACCACCUGAAGAUGUUUCCAACAAAUGGCGGGGCAUCACGUCCUGCAUGGCACAGCUGAUCGUCGUGCGAUGGACAACUACAUGAUCGCCUUUUUCUUUCUACAACUCAAUAUGUUUCUCUCGUUUCACUAUUCAGAAAUGGUGAUAAUACUAAUCUGCACCACAUGUUUUAAUUUGAGGUCUGCUAAAAUUGUUUUCAAUGCUCCAGUACCUGAUUAAAAUAAACAGUAACAUAACCGGGAAUUUCUUUUAGACAUAAAUACUUUAAUCAUUUGUGAAUACUCUAUCAUACAUGAUAAACCUGUGUGCUUGGUGUGUGUGUGGUGUGUGUAGAUGUAAAUUCAAGGAUAGGAUUACAUGACUAUGUAUGUGUUCGCAAAUAAAAUUUUGAAAUAAUUUAA